AUGAAUUCUCACAGUGGCAUGAUGGGCCCAGGGAGUGUCCACGGGAGCAGUGGACACACCGGUCAUAGUGGAGACCACAGCGAACAUAACAUAGACGCCUUACACAUUGUGGCUAUGGUGUUCGCUCCUUUGAUCGUUAUAGAGAAUGUGAUCACAUUCCUGGCAGUUACGCGAGUGCGGAACAUGUACCUAACCCUCAAGAUUCUGUUACUGAAUCUCAAUCUAGGAGACACCCUGCUCGGCUUCUUUUUCUGGCUCAGCAAUUUCCUGGGGUACACCGAAUAUGGCGCGGAGGACACCGGACUCUGCUAUUUCCGGGUCAUCAGCGUUAUUUAUCUGAUGCUUGUCGUACUGUCAGUGGCAACCUGUAUCAGUCUGGAGCGUUUUCUCUCACUCUACAGGCCCUUCGACUACGCCAGGCUGAGCAGCAACAGAAAUCUUAUCCUCGUCACCGUUGUGAUCUGGCUGCUACCGGCAGUCAUUAUAAUUUCUGCUUUCUCCGGAGAGGAAAUCGACGUGAGCAUAUGUCACGUGAUUUCACGAAGGACUUUUAUCACCCUUGCCACAGCAAGAGGGGUUCAGAUUGUUGUAAUCUGUGCAUCUCAGCUCAUGGUGUUUCGUUUGGCCAAAGCUCAAGUCACCAAGAUUGGCCAGCAGGUCACGUGGACGGAGAAAAAGGCAACAAUGUCUCGUCUCAACCAGAAGCUGACGUUUGCCACCCAGGUUGCAAUCAUCCCUUACUUGAUCAUGUGUGUGCCCCAUAUCUGCUUGACCAUCUCUAUGGCAGUUGGCCCCUCCCGGGUGUACGACUCAGACUGGCACAAAGCUAUGUCUGCGGCCUGGUUCAUCUGCGUCAUACACGGCCUGAUUCACCCCUUGACCUACUGCUGGGCGUUGAAGAGCAUCAGGAGACAAGCGUUCAGAGGCUGUAGGCGCUGCUGUGGCGACGACGCGGUGGACGAAGACAGUGCGACCGCCACCGACUACGUACCUCCGACACAGACACAGACGCUAACGACCAUCGCUUGA